CUCAAAGGACUGUGCUUAUGUUUAAUAACAAGACUUUUUAGUUGUCGUUUAGAUGGGUACAAUCAAGAUGUUUUCUUUUGUUUAGAACUAAAUAUUUGACUGAAUCAUUUCGAUUAGGGUUCAUAUAGAGAAUGACGCGGAGCGCUUUCAAUGACGACAAAAGACAUAAAGGAAGAAUUUAAAGGAGAGUUUCAGGAAUGGACAGCCAGUUAAAUACUGAUUAAAAUUGGAUGCACUUUCUGACCCAACAUGAGGAGAAGUUUAGCACCCAGUCAGGUGGCUAAAAGGAAACAAGAGCCAGAUUCAGAAGAUGAGGACUGGGAGCCUGAUAUUUCAUCACAAAGAAAGAGAGUCUGUCAAGAAAACUACAUCUCUCCUUACAGAAAACCCCUGACACAGUUGACCAACAGACCCGUGUGUGCUGAUGACAAUGAACAUGAGGCUUUCAUCCGCAAGAUCUUAUCGAAACCAUUCAAGGUUCCAAUCCAAAAUUAUACAGGCCCGUUGGGUCUGCGGGCUCUUGGACUGAGGCGUGCAGGUGUGAGGAAGGCCCUGCAUGACCCAUUUGAAGAUGGAGCUCUGGUUCUGUAUGAGCCACCUGUUCUCACUGCUCAUGAGCUCCUUAAAACAGACAAGGACAAUGUGCCAGUGCAUGUGGUUGUAGAUCCAGUGCUCAGUAAAGUGCUUCGACCACAUCAAAGAGAGGGUGUGAAGUUUCUGUGGGACUGUGUGACUGGAAGACGUAUUCCAGACUCAUACGGCUGUAUAAUGGCAGAUGAGAUGGGGCUGGGCAAGACGCUGCAGUGCAUCGCUCUCAUGUGGACAUUACUGAGACAGAGCCCUGAUUUCAAACCCGAGAUCGACAAGGUCAUCGUGGUGUCUCCAUCCAGUCUGGUGCGCAACUGGUACAACGAAGUGGGCAAGUGGCUCGGAGGUCGCGUGCAGCCUGUUGCCAUCGACGGCGGAUCCAAAGAGGAAAUAGACCGCAAACUUGUAAACUUCAUUUCCCAGCAAGGCUUGAGAGCACCGACUCCAAUCCUGAUCAUAUCGUACGAAACAUUCCGGCUCCAUGCUGAGGUCCUGCACAGAGGCAAAGUUGGACUGGUUAUUUGUGAUGAGGGUCACAGGCUGAAGAACUCUGAUAAUCAGACGUAUCAGGCUCUGAACUCAAUGCGUGCUCAGAGGAGAGUGUUGAUAUCCGGAACCCCCAUACAGAACGAUUUACUGGAGUAUUUUAGUCUGGUGCACUUUGUCAAUUCUGGGAUCUUAGGCACGGCUCAGGAGUUUAAGAAGCGCUUUGAGAUUCCCAUCCUGAAGGGUCGUGACGCGGACGCCAGUGAUAAAGACAGAGCUGCCGGAGAGGAGAAACUCAAGGAGCUCAUUGGCAUUGUUAACAGGUGUUUGAUUCGAAGAACCUCAGAUAUUCUUUCCAAGUACCUGCCUGUGAAGAUUGAACAAGUUGUCUUUUGCCGUCUGACUGCUCUACAGAAGGAGUUGUACAAGCUAUUCCUGAAACAAGCCAAACCCAUAGAAAGUCUGCAGACGGGCAAGAUCAGCGUUUCGUCCCUUUCCUCCAUCACAUCACUUAAAAAGCUAUGUAACCAUCCUGCUUUGAUAUAUGAGAAGUGUUUGGCAGGGGAGGAAGGUUUUGAUGGAGCCAUGGACCUUUUCCCUCAGAAUUAUUCAACCAAAGCCGUUGAGCCACAACUUUCAGGGAAGAUGCUGGUACUGGACUAUAUUCUGGCAAUGACCAGGAGUACAACAAGUGAUAAAGUGGUUCUGGUCUCUAACUACACGCAGACUUUAGAUUUGUUUGAGAAACUGUGUCGGACCAGAAGAUACCUUUAUGUCAGGCUGGAUGGAACAAUGUCCAUCAAGAAGAGAGCCAAGAUUGUGGAGAGAUUCAACAGCCCCUCUAAUCCAGAGUUUAUAUUCAUGCUCAGCAGUAAGGCAGGAGGCUGUGGCCUUAAUCUGAUUGGCGCAAAUCGUUUGGUGAUGUUUGAUCCCGACUGGAAUCCAGCCAAUGACGAGCAAGCAAUGGCCAGGGUGUGGCGAGAUGGACAGAAAAAAACAUGCUACAUCUACAGACUGCUGUCGACAGGAACCAUAGAGGAGAAGAUCUUGCAGAGGCAGGCUCAUAAGAAAGCUCUGAGUAGCUGUGUGGUAGAUGAGGAACAGGACGUGGAACGUCAUUUCUCUCUCGGAGAACUACGUGAACUCUUCUCGCUCAACGAGGACACAGUCAGCGACACACAUGAAAGGUUUCGCUGCAGGCGCUGUGUAAACGGUAGACAGGUACGUCCUCCACCCGAAGACUCGGACUGCACCUGCGAUCUGUCCAACUGGCAUCACUGUGCUGAUAAGAGAGGCCUGAGGGACCCAGUGCUGCAGGCAUCAUGGGACGCCGCCGUCUCUUUCGUCUUUCACCAGCGCUCACACGAGGACCAGAGAGGAGUUGUCUGACCGUCAUGAAUG